CCUCCCCUCCUGCACUGCAAAUCAGGGCCCUCCCUCUCUCCACUUCUCCCUCGCUCCCUGCCUCCUCUCUCUCCCCUCCCUCACUUCGUUCGCUCAGUUUCUCCUUGAGCGUGAGUCCUGUAGCGCUGGGGACUGGGAGCAGGAGACUGACGCAUUUCUCUAUCUGCCUGUACCUGCAGGGGAAGAGGGAGGGAAGGAGAGUGCACUGGUCUUACUUUGUCUCUCAUGGAUUUGACCUUAGCAUCACAAUCUCCUCUCCUGUUUGUGCUUCUAUAUCCACGGUGCUGCUCUGCUGUUGGUAUGCUGUGUACUCCGAGGGAAUAGGAAUCAGUACAGCUCUUCCUCCUGCCUGACACCAGCUGUUCUGUUCUUCCUGUAAAGUUUUCCACCAGGAAGACGACCGCAGCGUGGGCACUAUGGAGAGGUAGAUUUUAUGAAUUGUGUUCCUCUGUGAUUCCGGACGUGUCAGAGCGACAGCUUCAGAAUCCCACUGUCAGGUUUGAUGUGUGAGGGGCGUGAGAAUCAGAACAGAUAAGCUAUGUUGUGACAUUGCAUUGCACUUCUACGUCUGUGGAUUUAUUGCUGCUACUUGGUGUGAUCAUCAGUAUGUGGCUGAAGAACCCGUUUACAGACGGUGCAGCAGUAUAUCUGCUGUGAUCACAUCGUCACACCUGAGUCUCUACCAGCUGGGGUUGUCUGUAAAACAGCCGUAACCCUUUUGGGUUCCCGCUACGGUCUUGCCCUUCUGUAUAACUGUGUAUGGAAAUAGGCAUCUUGCAGAACAACAGAAAGCUUAAAAUAUAGUUCAACUUAGCCCCAGAUCCUGGGCCCCUCGCUGCUGAUGAUGGACUGAAAUGGAGUCAUGAUGGCUCCAGUGGGAAUGGACAGCACAGAGGCUCACUGAAAAGCACUAAGGGACAGUGAAGCUGGACAGAGACACUAGGGCAUCUGACUGGCUGUGCUAUCCUUUACAAACAGCCCAGCUACUGCAGCAUUGACCUAGCUACGCAACUCAACAGUAUCCAGGACACCAGCUCUGGACCUGGAUCACUACCUGGCUCAAGGGCUCACCCUCGACCACGGUAUCACACUGGACUGCUACUGGACUCAGUAACCUAUAGUAAUCUGGACCACAGCCUGACUGAGCGCUUUGUCCGGACUUCAUUCUGUGAAGUUGGUCUUUUAGUGUUCUGAUCUGAGAUGGAGUACCUGGGGGACAAGCUGUCGGUGGCCCAGUCCCAGGUGUCUGGGUGGAUGGGGAACGUACGCCGCUCCCUGCAGGGGGCACUCAGCUUGGUGUCCAGUGCAGUGGAACGUGGGGGCAGGGGGGCCGAGGACAGCCCCGGGGGCUUCAAGAGGGCCAACUCGUUACGUUCUCUAGCCUCUCGCAGCCGGGAUUCUUUCCGUAGGUUCUCUCUGCGCAGCCAGCAGCGCCUGUCCCUACGCAGGCGUCCUGGGACCAGCACCCCCAACACCCCCACUGCUGAGCAGUUGAAGCAGAGUGUGGAUGGUGAGGAGGAGGGGAGGGACAUGGACACACUGGUCCAUGAGACGGACAGCCAGUACGGGACCUGGGAGACAGGACUGCACACUGACGAUAGCCUGACUCCUGCCACGCCCACCUCAGACAGCCACCUCAGUCAGUCCCCUAGGAAACCCACUCCACUCUACACGCCAGAGGAAGAUGCCCACACCCCGCCCAGCGACCUUGACACUCCAGACGGCUUCUCCCCCUCGGCCCAGCCCAACAUACAACCACUCCCUUUCCCUGAGGCCUCCACCAUCCUACUGGACUCCAGUGCUCUGCGCUCCAGGGUGCAGUUGAGUAAGAUGCGGGGGCCACGUUCGCGCCCCUCCAGGGUGGCUCGUCAGACUGCUGCUCUGUCUGUAAACCCAGAGGGACAGGCCACACCUACUGAGGACUGGCGCUCUCGAGACUCCACAGAGGACAAAGUGGGGUCUUCCAAGAAGGAGGACUCAGACUCUGAGGAGCAAGCGAGAGGCGCUGACCCCCGCUCUGCUGCUGCCUCCUCCCAGCCCCAGAGAGUCGCCCUCUUCCCUGGGAUGGACCCCUCCGCUCUCAUGGCCCAGCUCAAGAAGAGAAGCGACUCUGACAAUCAGACAGACGGACCCGCCAUUUCUCUCUCCCAGCUGUCCCGUUCUCCUAAAUCCCCCUUCCUGCCCCGGGCGUCCCGUGUGCUGCCCCCUUCCGGAGGGAAAGAAAAUGGUGAGGAGGCCUCACCACAGUGGCUGAGAGAGCUGAAGUCGAAGAAGCGCUUCAGUCAGUAUGAAAAUGACAGCUAAGUGUGAAUGAGCAGGUUGCCUUAACUGGAGAAUCUGGUGGCGAAUCGGAGACAGUAGCCUUAACCUUUGACCCUGAGAAGAUGGGAAUUCUGCUGCUGACAUUGUAAUUUGUCAUCUGUUUGUUUGUUUUCUCUGUUCUCUUCCUGCCUGGCUCAAAUACAUGUGCAUGGUGCCUUCUUUCAGACAACCUUGGUCUUAUGGAUGAAACGAGCAAGGGAAACCACUACUCAGAGCGUCCAUGUCACUACUAGCUUCUCCACCUCCUGUGUCUGGGAGGUCUUUGCAUAAAGCCACUUUACCCUCUCACAUGACAGGGAAGACUACGGAAGGGGGGAUCCCAUUCUCUCCUGUCAGGUUGUAUUUCAGUAAUGGUUAACUUGUGGGACCACAUGCCUCUUAACCUGGAAGUGCUUCAAUAAGCUGUAGGACAUAUAGCACCUCCACAAGACAUAUUUUUAUUUAGUUUUCUCUUUUAAAUAUAAUUUUCAGGUUAGUCUAUGUGUUAACUGUAUCUGUUAGUGAAUGGGUGUUGGUAAAACCUUUGCCAUAGGAUAACAUUUCUGAUUUGAUUUUUUGUCAUUGAUCAUAGAGAACAAAACACUGCUGAACUAAUGGUCAGCCAGGCUGUAUUAUGUGUUAGUAAUAAAGAUGGUAUCUGUAAUCAUGAAAUGUUAUAUUUGUAUUGUUGCUAAUUUGAAAGAUGAAUCAUAACAUGUCAAAGAGUGCUAGGCUUGUAUGGAGAGCAUUUAAAGCAUCUCUACAGCAGAGGCCCCCAAGCCCGUUCCUCUGGUCCACUCAGUGAACUAACUGAGAAUCUGUUGUGUUGACUUCAUGCAGUCCCUUUUAAAUUAUGGGUAAAGAGGAAUGCUUUGGGUUCGGUGUCUUUUAUCAUAUGUCUGAAUAUCUGUUUCUACUGGUGGAAAAGGGGAGGGUUAAUCACAAUGGACAUCUAUCUCCAUCUCAAUUACACUCCUAAACGCAUGAAAACACUAAUCAGCCUGUUCUUCCUCCCUUUACCUCAACUUAUCUCUUCAGCGUAAGAUCAAAUGAUUGAGUGUGUAAUACUGAUGGAUGAGUGAGUAAGGAUUGCAAGGGAAAUGUUCUAACUGUAUAUGUUACCAAUGAGCCAUACAUUCAAUGUGCACUCCCUGGGUUCUGUUUUACCAGCAUGUCUGCAACACAUCUCCCAUUUAGCCACCUCCUGUGCAAUUUCCCAGCAUUUUUUGGAAAAAGAUGUGCAUGCACACUCUGCUCCUUUUCACCAUGCUUUGCUCAGACACUAACUGAAUGGCCACACCAAGUAGCAGUGGUACAAUCAUACAAUCUGGAUAUCAUGGCUUCAUCCACAGAACUGUUAUGGUCCCAUUGUGCACAUGGUCGAUGCAGCGGUGGGGAUGGAUAGUGGAAUGGUAGGAGUAUGGCUUUCACUACUCCAGUGGGGAAUGCGAGUAAAGUAUAUUGUUUUGAGAUGAGGGUGGUUAUUCUACCCUUUUUUGCUGCACAUGACUUGGACUAUUUGCACCAGUUGUUUAGGGCUUGUUUGAGCUGACUUAGGCCAUUCCUCUGACCAUGUUAGCCAUGCUCCACUGUCCCACUACUUCCACUUUAUUGCUUGAUGCACUACAGCACUGACCGCAUUCCACAGUUUCAUAGACAGACAUUGGAAUGCUAAUGCCAUGCAAGUGAAUGUGUUGAUUGAAUCUUUGGAGUUGUCGUCCCUAUGGUAUCUGUCCAUGGCAUUUGACUUUGUCAUGACUUAUUUUAUUUUUUUCUCUGUUUCUCUUGUUUUAUUUUAAAGUAAAAUAUGUAUAUUGCACUGUUGUAAGGCCGUUGUUCAAAAGUGUAAAUUCUCAAUAAAAUUUACUGCGUUAAUAAG